UCUCUUACACAGGCGCGUAUGUUUCAGCACACACACGUUCCCACUAACACACCCACACGUACACACAGACAAACAAACAGAGACACCCGCACGCACGCGUGCACACACACACACACACACACACACACACACACACCUAUGAGAAGACCAACACGCCGUGCAUUCUGCGGGAGACCUCCAGAGCUCUGUUCCUCUCGCCGUGACAACGCUGUGGUCGUGACAUCAGAGGAACUCCUCUGCCCUGUCUGAGCUGCUGCAGGAGACGGGGGCUCGGGCUGGGAGCGCAGGAGCUUUUGGGGAGCAGACCCAGGUCCCGCAGGAAUUAGAAACACUUCAGCUCCUCGGAAGGUGGAAAAAUGCACGAAUCCUCCCGCGGAUCCCCAGGAAUGUCAGUGAAAUAACUGCGUGUCACUCGUCAAGACUUACGACCAUGUGAAAGAAUAACUUUUGAAUAUUGCCGAAAAUCACUGCUUGGUCUGUCGGGGUGGCGUGGGUGAUGCCGUAGAGCAGCGGACGGAGCAGAGAUGUGUGGGAGCGGGGGCCUGACGUGGCUGCUGCUGUGCGCUCUGUGCGUGCUCCACUCCUGGGCCCAGCAGGGGGCCCCCUCAAGUGCGGGUGGGGGGCCCCCGAACAGCACGCUGCUCUUCAACAGCGCCUCACACGGGGCCCACAACCUGCGUAACUGCAGCUGCAACACGGAGGUGAUGGCCUGCAACGACGCGUUGGCCAACCUGGUGUGCAGCUGCAGGACGGUGGCUCGCUCGGCGCUGCCCCCUGCAGGCCUGGCUGUGCGCGGCAGGCUGACGGUGUGGGUGCGCGACCCCUGGGUCCUCCGAGAGCUCCUGAACGGCAGCACGGUGCAGGACCUGCAAUUGGCCGCCUGCGACCCCGCCCCCCUCCCCGCCCAGCCGCUGGCCCUGUUCGGCCUGCGCAGGCUCCACCUACUCUCCGCCUCCCAGGGCGUCACCCACCCCGAGCAGAGCCUGAACAUCACCGCGGGGCCAGACCGAGGGAGGGGGGUCAGGCCUUCCUCGUCUUCCUCGCCCUUCCUGGUGUCCUUCCUGGACGUGGCUCUGCUGAACGGACUCUCCCCUCUGAAGGCUUACAGUGUCAGCAGCCCUCCCUCCUCCAUCCUGGCCCAGCACUUCCCCCACCUGCCCCUGGCCCAGCCCUUCCCAACCCAACAGCCCCCAGAGCCUCUCCAGGACUGCCUCUUAACCUUCAUCUAUUAGAGCAGGGGCCAGAACAUGAAGCCCGGCCCAGCCACCCACCAUGGCUCGGGACUGGACCGGAUUGAACUGAACCAGACCAGAUGGCUGCCAGCUUUAACCACACACUGUGGUGGGGACACAGCCUUACUGAGCUCAACACUUUGACCCACCCAACCCAAACCAGAAUGUACAGCGCAACGUCUGGCCAUGUCAGCAGUGUCAAACUCCAGCCCGGGAGGGGCCUGUGAUUUUAAAGAAAUAGUUACAGUUUUAAUCCCUGUUUUUGAUUGGCUCAGAAGGUUUUUGGACAUUAUUAGCCAAUUGUUUGAUUAUUGUACAUAUUUAUAGAUGUUUCUGGUGAGCUGUAGCCUUUACAAUGGCUCUACAAUGGAGAACACUGCUCUAAUACUAUUUAAGUAGCUCCAAAGCAGCUUGUUCAGCAAUGCUAUACCUCCAGAGGUACAUAUGUACAUUAACUGUCAUUUUUGCAGUAUAAGUAAUUAAUCUUUUUUUUUUUAUUUGAACUAUUUCAUAUGGUGCAUGUGACCUCACACUGCGGCCCUUAAGGAAAGAAGUACCCGCACAAUAUAAAACUGAUAUUUACUGUGUGCUCAUAUGUGCAGAUUCUGAAAAGUUCAUAUUGCUGUACAAGCUGCUAUUGAAUUAUCUGGAGUUUUUCCUUGCAUAGACAACAAAUCCCAUAGAUCUGUGAUGUGUGUAAUGUUGGUUGGUCCCCUUAAACAUCUGUAAUUAUCUAAAAUAUCCUUGGUUGCACAUUAAAAAAAACUGUAUUUGCAGAUUUGCUGAAGACUCCAGAAAGUUAACGAUUCUUUUAACUCCAGUUCUAAUGGGCUGCCAUGUCUGCAGGUUUAACUCCAGUCCUAGAGGACUGUAGUAAUAUCCUUUUCGGAGACAUGUUAUCGCUUGGAAGCUGAAAGCUGGAAGCUGUGGCUGUUGCGCAUACGUUGAGCUGAAAGCGCAUUGGCCGGCAUCGCCCUUUCCUGCUUGGUUUGGACGACCAGCCUGGCUAAACUGCACUGGGCCGGCCUAGGCUCUGUCCUGGUCCUGGUGGGACACUGUGUGUUUGAGGAGGUGGAAGGGAGCUGCGGUCCAGAUGGGGGGUGGCAGGUCGGAAUGCACCGUCUUUCUCCUGCAGGAGGUGGUGAUAGCUCCGCUGAUUAAUUCCACUCCACAUGUCUACAGAUGACAACUGGAGCCAAGGCUUCUGCUGCCCAGGCUCUGUGUGUGUGUGUGUGUGUGUGUGUGUGUGUGUGUGUAUGUGGGUGUGUGUGUUUGCAUACGUGCGUGUGUGUGUGUGUGUGUGUGUGUGUGUGUGUGUGUUUGCAUACGUGCAUGUGUGUGUGUAUGUGGGUGUGUGUGUGUUUGCAUACGUGCGUGUGUGUGUGUGUGUGUGUGUGUGUGUGUGUUUGUAUAAGAAUGCUUAUGCAUGUGUUAAUUUGCAUCUGCUUUUGGAGUUUGAUUUGUAUAUAAUUGUAAUCAGUGUAUCUUGUACACAUUAAUAAUGUUAAUAUUUGCAGUAUGUAUCUUCAUUUUGGUAAAUUUGUGUGGCUCUAUUUUAUCAAUUAUGCAUAAAAUGUUUUUACAUAAAAAUGAGCUGAUUGGCUGUGUACCA